UGAUAAUCUUUUACUUGGAAGAUAUUUUAAAUAUUUACUUUAUAUGUUAUGGGGCGAAAUUUAUUUAUUUAUUUAUUAUGUUUUUGGAUAGAAAAGAACCUCGUCUGGUUGGUUGUAGGCUGUGUUUUUUUUUCUUUUUACCUACAAACUAUUUAAGUGUGUAGCAGACUAAUUGAUUAUAAAUAAUAUGUUAUAAAUACUUUGGAGAGCAUUUAAUCAUUAGUUUUUACUUUAUUUUGGGGUUGAAGAAAAGCUCUUAUCAAUUUUCUGUCCGAUAAAGAUUGAUUAACAAAAAUUUCAAUUUGCUUAAAUGAAGAAAUAUGAAAAGAAAGGGAAUUCGUAUAAAGAUAGUCAGGCGGGAGACGUCUGGCGGCGAUAAACCGAAACUCAUUAUUUCGCUAAUAGGCCGCUCAUUUGGAUACAGUCCCAGAACGGGACAAACUGCUGUAAAACUCUCACAAAAUGCAGUUCUUUAAGCGCUUUUUGUGUUCGAAGAUUGAAGUUAAAAAUAAUUCAACUUUUACUUGCGUAAAUUGUGGAGUGUUGAUGGAAGGAAUCGUUGAGAAAAAGAAGGGAUUAUGUAAAAUAUUCGACUUGUUUAAAAGGAAGGACAAAGUUUAUAGUAUGUUUUUAUAAAGAAAAGGCAACUAGUUCCUAUAUAUAAUAUUUCACCUUUUCAUAUUUACUAUACCCUUUUAAUAUUCACGUGCAAUAAAGAAAAUUCAUUAGGAGAAGAGUAUAAAAGAAUAGAAAUAACCAAAAAGUAUUUUGUGUGGUAGUUUAAAAUGUCAAAGAGAAUUAACGGAUAUAUCACUUUUUGAUUUGUUUCGUAAUCGAAGAAAAUGGAAUCUCUUUUUUCUAGUUGCUAUUCAGUCUCUAUAUAAAAAAUUGAGGAAUACUUAGGAAAUGCAUCGCUGAGAAGCGGAAAGGAUUAUGUAGAUUAUUCGAUUUGUUUAGGAGGAAUGCUAUUACAGAAGGACGAAUUGGGGUUUCUUUUUUUUUUACAUUGAUAAUAUUUUCGUGAGUUUAUGCUUAGAAGCUAAAAUUGGUUUGUUAGUACUCUUUUCUAAAGUUAAAUAAGGAAUAUUUCAGAUAUUCAGAUCGCUUCUCCACCAAGAAAUGUGGGAAUUAAUCAUUUAGAUUAGUGAUCAUGACUUUGUCAUUUACUUCCUUUUUCGACUUCCAAAAUGUCGAAUAUAUCCGAUCAAUUUGACUUUGAUAGACGUGUUUAUUUUUUAAAGGAAAAGAUUGUGUAGAAGGUUUUUGUGGAAAGUUUCAGAAUGGCUACAAUUCUGAUAGUCACAAUUAAUACUGUUUAAGAAUCUCCGUAUACCAUUAAUGUCAACUUAAUUUAUUAAAAAAAUUCGUCCUUAGCAACGCUUCUAAUUGUUGACUUGUUUUUUUUUAGUUAUACGAAUUAAUGGACAUAAUAAGUUACCAAAACCUCAUGGAUUUGAUGCUACCUCUAGUAUAUUGAGUUCAGACUUAGAAACGACGAGUUUUGUUGAUUCAGAAGAUGAUGCCUACAGUCGGUUCUCUUCGGCCACUGAUACAACGUGUUCAGCGUACAUGCAACGAUAUCGCCAAAGGCGUCGACGGCGUCAUCGACCGCCACCAAUUAGUCGAGCCUCCUCCUUCUCGUCCAUUACCGAUUCAACUAUGUCCCUUAACAUAAUUACCGUCACUUUGAAUAUGGAUACCAUCAACUUCCUUGGAAUAAGUAUAGUUGGACAGAGUAAUAAAACAGGAGAUGGUGGUAUAUAUGUUGGCUCAAUUAUGAAAGGAGGAGCCGUAGCUCAAGAUGGGCGAAUUGAACCUGGUGAUAUGAUAUUGGAAGUCAACGGUGUCAGUUUUGAGAAUAUGAGUAACGACGAUGCUGUUCGUACUCUUAGGGAAUCCGUACUCAAACCUGGACCUAUAACGCUAGUCGUGGCUAAAUGCUGGGAUCCCAAUCCAAAAGGUUACUUUACAGUACCCAGACAAGAACCUGUCCGGCCAAUAGAUCCUGGUGCAUGGAUAGCACAUACUACAAAUGCUCUCCAGGGACGAUAUACUAGUACAUCUUCCAUGACAUCGUCGAAUCCCGAUUCCGAACGGUCAAUUCAGAAUCUCACAGCAGAUGCUGAUAUGACAACUGUAGUUAGAGCUAUGGCCCAGCCUGAUUCUGGUUUAGAUAUCAGAGAUAGACAAUGGCUAAAAAUAACAAUACCUAACGCUUUUAUCGGUUCAGACCUAGUCGAUUGGCUGAAUACGCAUGUUGAGGGAUUCGCAAGUAAGAAAGAUGCUAGGAAAUAUGCUUGCAACUUGCUUAAAGCAGGUUAUAUAAGGCAUACAGUAAAUAAAUUAACGUUUUCGGAGCAGUGCUAUUAUGUAUUUGGAGAUAUUUGUGGAGAUUUAUCAUCCUUGACUCUGGGGGAUAUCGAUUCUGUAUCCGAGGUUAACAAUGAAAGAGAUACGCUUGGACCUUUACCUCCACCGCAAUGGGCUCCCCACGGCUAUACUCAUAAUCCUUACGGGCCCUCACCCUUUGUACCACCUAACCCACAAGCCCCUAACUUCCUACCUCCCCCACCAAAUAUCAGACCAGCUGCUCCAAUGAUGAUGGGAGGAUUAGGAGUGGUAAAUACUGGUGGAGCGGACUCUGCCUCUUACGUUUCAAUGCCUCCUCAAGCAAACGGUGCUGAUGCUGCUACUAGCGUUUAUAGUGGAUCUGGUGGAAAAAACAAUGCUUGUGCAUGCUUCGUGUCUCAUACUUAUAAGCAGCUGAAAAAAUUAUGGAUUGACAAGGGUAAACAACAACAACUGCAGUGUCCACACGGAAAAACUUACAAAUUACCUUCCUACUUUGAUCCGGAUAUUGAUAGAUCGACAUCGUCUAGUUGCGGUUCGUGUUAGAUAUUUUAUUUUCACCAUCCCUCCUAAUCAUUUUUUUUACAUUCUCAUUUAUACCUCUCUAAUUUUGUUAUUUUUUAAUUAUAACUUUAAAUAACACUAUAAUCUGCGCCUUUUUUACACCUUCAAUUUAUUUUAUAUAUUUAUACCUACAUCUCAUUUUUCUACCAAAUGUUAAAGCUAUUUUUCUUCUUUACGUUGUUGUUUUGUUGUUGUUGUUGUUGUUGUUUUGACUUUGGCGGCAGUUCUGUUUUUCUUCAGGUCUUGAGAGACUUUACUUAGAUGUUUUAUUUAUUAAUUGAACAUAUAAACACCACACAAACACACAAAAUUCAAAGGUUGCACAAAUUACGUAUACUAUAUAAAUAACGGAAAUAUUAAUGCAUAUUUAACCUCUGAUGGGAAAAAAGAGUUAGUGAAGCGUUCUCAAGCAGAUGGCAAAAAUCGGAAAAUUCAAUUAGGUUCUUGCCAUUGAUUGAAAACGUUAUUAGCUUGACCUUUUUUCAAAAGCAAACCCAAUAAUUUGAUAAAUUAGUGAACCUUUGGUUAACUUAAAUUAUAGCUUAUUGAAAUGGGGAUUGUGUUGAUAGGAGCAACCUAUUAAUUCUUUUCAAAAAAGAGAGUGAAAAAAAAACAUCAAUCUAACUUUGCCCUUUACGCUUCUACCAUAAAAAAAUCAAGCGUCAAAGUUUUUUUUGUACACGAAAGAUAAAAGAUACAGUCAGAAUAGAAAAAAAAAGGCAAAGAGAAGGAAGUGGAGCGAGUACUGGGUGUGGGGAGAGAUAGACAGCAGCACACAGAGUAAAGUGAGAGACAGAGAAUAAAAAAAUGGGAAAAGCUUGCAUUUCUAUGAUAGACAGAGAGAAAACUGAGCAGGGAUCCGUUUAUUUCCAAUAGAGUUUAACAAUUUGUAUAAAAAAAGGGGGAAAAUAUGCAGAGAAUAUGAUAAUGUCAAACAAUGGGCCAAAAGCUGCUGAAUAUGAAUGAAAUAUUAUAAAUUUUGAAGAGCUAAGAUUUAAAACGUUAUUAGAAAAAAAGGCGAAUGAAAUGUUUAUUAGGUUAUAGGAUUUGAAGCUUAAUAACGUUUAAUUUCCGGUAUAGAGUACUAUAAAUAGUUUGGAUCGGAUUCUUAAGAAGAAUUUACUAAUUUCUUACUAAUGUACCUAAAUAUUAUUAGGAAGCAGCGCAUCGGAUCGAAGCCAAAAGAAGAUAGAAAUAAAGGAGCAAAUAAAUGUUCCCGAAGAAAGUGAUGGUAAUAAUAGCGUCGUUGAAAGGGCUUUACCCCCGCCUCCAAGGCAACUACAAUUGCAGAAUGAUGAUAUAUCGGCCAGCAGGCAAAGUUUUCGAUUAGCUAUGGGAAAUCCUUGUAAGUUUAUAUAUUAUUAAAUAAGACAUUUUCUUUCUAUUAAUAAAAACUUUUCCGUUCCGCUAAAUGUUUAUAAAAACAGGCAGGUAAAGUAUAAAAAUGGGAGGGACCUAUAUUGUUAAUUGCACCUAUCUUAUGCCUAUACUUUUUUUUAUCUACUAAAUGUUAUUUCUUGUACGUUAAUCAAUUAAAGCAUGAAUGUAAAGUGAACUUUAAAAGGUUAUAGAAAAUCGGUGUUUCUUCAACGGUAUAAGGAAAUAAUGAACAACUAUUACAUUUCUGUGUUCUAAAAUAGCCGAUUUUCAAAAGCAUUUAAAUGAAUAGUAUUAGCAAAAAGUAAUAUAAUUAGGACAAGAGAAAAAGAAAACAUAUAUGAAAUUUUGUUUUCCUUUUCUUUUCUCUCGCUCUCUUUUCUCUUUAUCUCUCAUUAUCUCCACUUGUUAAAAUCGUAUUAACUUUUUAUAUUUUUUUGUACAAAUAAGCAUAUUUACACAGCAUCUCUAUUUAUAUUUAUUAUAUUUAUUAUAUAUAUUUAUUCAUAAAAUUGACACGCUUAUUUUUUCCCUCUUCCAAAACUAAAACAAUCAAACAAACCAUUUAAUUGUAUUUAUAUAUUAAAUAUUUAUGUAAAUUUAUAUAUUAAAACAAAGCACUAUUAACCUUAGAAGAACUCUCUAAUUGACUAAUUCUCUUUCUAUUUCAUUUUCAACAGGCGAUGACUUUCAAGAUAUGGGCCGAAUCUAGUCCACACAGUAUUUAAUACUAUAUUUAAAACUAUUUAAAAACAAAAAAACAAAUAAGCCUCUAAAAGAAACGAAUGAUGAAGAAAAUAAGCCAAAUUGACUUAGACUGACUUUUUUUUUGCCUGAAAAUUAUUUAACUUUAUACUUUAUACUGUUUGUUUUUUAAAAAAAAAUUCAUUUAUCGACACUGUUCUCUCUCUAUAUAUAUAUAUCUAUAUAUAUCUAUAUAUAACAAAUAUGUAAAUCAUUUUUUGUUUUCGAUAUAUUUAUAAUAUCAUAGACAAAACUUUGAAAGGAAACAAAAGAAAACAAAUGAAAUUCAAAGAUGAAGAUGAAGAUAGCUUUUUUUUUGUUACUAUAUUUUUUCUUUUUAUUUUGAUUUAUAUCAUUUUACAUAUUUAUAUACAUAUAGAAAAAAGACAAAAACAAUACUAAACCUUUUUUUGCUGCAGUUGUACAAGAGUUAUAAAAGAAAAUAAUAAUACAGGAUUGUCGUGUGCAUCUUUUUUUUAUUUUGUUCUUUGGAUAGAAAUCAUGCUCUACCAAUAUAUAUAUAUAUAUAUACAUAUAUACUAAAAUAUAUAUAUAUAUGUGUAUAUAUGUGCGUGGACAGUUUGUUAUUUAUAUUUAAUGUUUAUAUUUUUUUAUCAAAUAAUUGGCUAUAUAUUCGGAUUUGAAUAAUUCCUUGAACAUUUUAUAACUAUAUAAAUAUUAUUGAAUUGAGUGUUCUAUUCUCUAAUUUAUUUGUUUACA